UAAAAUUAGAACAAAAGCCCUAGGUCCCAUUUCCCAGCUCCUCUCCAUCGCCGCCGUCGGCGAAUCAUCGCAGCGCCGCCGUCUGCAUCCCCAUCUUACUCGCUUUUGGAAUCUAUGGUUCUAGUUUCCUCCUCCGCUAUUGAGAUUAAUCAACCGUGAAUUGCCACUGAGAGUAUUUGAUAUCUGAGCUGACUGAAAUGGCAGUUCUGUGAGCUGUUUUGAGAGCUUGGUGUAAACUCAGGUAUUUACUUCAGUAGCUUCCAUAAUGAAGCCAAGAACCAACGAGGCACCGAGGAGGUCCCGAAAUCCUCAGGGGGAAGGCAACAACUGGAUGCUUAUUGCAGGGAGUGCUCUGCUGAGUACAUUGUCAAUUCGCCUAGGUUAUAAGCUUAAGCAGGUCUUUGAUGCUAAACAAGUGGACAAUAGUAGCAAAAAAUUGAAAGCAAAUGGGAAAUCUGCUGAUGAUCGAAAGAAGUCGGGGAGUUGCCAUUUGCAUUCUAAUGCCUGUUGUUUUCCCCAAGACGAAGAUGGUUGCUACAAUCAUUAUCCAGCAUCAAGAAAUGCAGCGGAUAUCAAACAGCACUGCAACAGCCAAACGAUGUCAGAAUCCGAAAUGGUUCUCCCUCUCGUAAGUGUCCCAACUUCCGAGUUCAACAAAGACAACAACGGUGUGAUGUGGUCAUCAUCCCCCGACCGCCUAGAGCUGCCGCACAAACCUUUCCAUCAAUCAAACAGCUCGGAAUCGCCAUGCGUAUCCGAAGCAGGUUCAGACAUCUUCAGCAAACGCGAGGUCAUACACAAGCUGCGACAGCAGUUGAAGAGAAGGGACGACAUGGUACUCGAAAUGCAGGACCAAAUUGCCGAACUCCAAAACUCCCUCAGCAUGCAGCUUUCGCACUCUUCGCACCAGCAAGCGCUCCUCGAUUCUGCAAACAGGGAUUUGUUCGAUUCGGAAAGGGAAAUUCAGAGAUUGAGAAAAGCAAUCGCAGAUCACUGUGUCGGACAUGUCGAUAAGUCGCCCCCUUCGGUUCCGAUUUGGCCCCCCGAGGGGCGAAAUGGUCAUUCGAAUGGAUAUCCGGAAGUCGAAAGCAAUUUGGAGUCUUCUUUGUCGGGGGAAAAGAUAGAAAUGUUGAAGAGGGAAGUUAGUGAGUUGAAAGAGCUGAUUGAUGGGAAAGACUACUUGCUUCUAAGCUACAAGGAGCAGAAGUGUGAGCUGUCGGUGAAGAUCAAAGAAUUGCAGCAGAGAUUGGAUUCUCAACUACCGAAUAUUUUGUAGGCGUAUUUGAGCUUCUUGUGCAUAUUUCUCGUGUGGGUUCAAUUUUUUUUUUUCCUCUAUUUUUUUUCCCUUGUUUGGUUUUAAGCUCUCAAUUUUUGGAAAGUUCGUUCGUGUUUUUCGUGUUCCUUUCUCUGGAGUGGUUUCUUGUUUGUGCAUAUAUGGAAGAUAAUUAGAUGCUCGUGAAUUUAGAGCUCGACGCGAAUUAAUGAGUAACACGGUUUUUAGUGUGGCGAGC